AAACUGCUCGUGAUGCCUUCAGGCCCUGUCGGAAAUAUCGUCAUCUGCAUGGACAAAUUCAGCACUUGAAUAAGCGGAAUGUGGUCGUGUUGACCACCUCUUGGCUCUACGGAGGAAUUUGCGAGGGGUUCCUGAAGGCAUCAUCAGCCACCAUCGUCAGGAGGAGAUGGAGAACAAGGCCAUGUAUCUUAGCACAUAUGAAGAGAGAGACAACGGCUCCAUGUAUGAAGAGGCCUACGAUGGACACAACUUGUCCAAACUCAACCUGUGCGAUGAAGUUUCUGGAAAGCGUCGCAGGAAGCAAGAUCAGUGCUGCGGCCACCUCAACUCACUCUCAGCCAUCAAGUACGCCAUUGUUUCCCUCUACAUCCUGGUCCUUCUCACCAUCUUUGGACUCUGCCUGGCAGUCUCUCGUUCCCAGGUUUCCUCACAGCGGCAGGAGGUGCUAAUGGAGAACGUGACCCGCAUGUCAGAGCGCUCUCGGCUGAUCCAGCAGACCCUGGGCGAGGUGUCCACUCAGGCCGACCUGCUCGAGAACAUCUGGAAACUGGAGAACCUCUUCCAGAACCACAGCGACUGGCUGCAGAGGCUGGAGAUCCUCAUCAAGGGCAUGGAGGUGGAGCUGAGGAGCAUCCAGGGUUACUCUCUUCAGUCAGAGGGCUACCUGGUGCAGUUGGAUGACAGGUUGUCCUCUCUAAGCAGCUCCACCAGCAGAAACCUGACGGGCUUGAACGCGGAGGUGACACGAGCCUCCACCUGGCUCCGCGACCAGGACCUCCUGCUCCGGGAAACCUCAGGAAAGGUGAGCGGGCUGAGAGAGAAACUGGACGAGGUUAACUGGACGGUGGGAGCUGUCAAUCACACCUUCAGCAAUGACAUCAGUAUUCACAACUUCAAGAUUCAGGACUUGCAGAUCCAGAUCAGCAACAUAACGGAGGACACCAGCAGUUUAUGGGUGACCCACGUCCACACGGAGGCCCAGCUGAGGAACGAGAUGGAGAUCCUCAAUACGAUCACAGAGGACCUCCGUCUGAAGGACUGGGAGCACUCCAUGGCCCUGAAGAACCUCACCAUAAUAGAAGGGCCUCCAGGACCGAAAGGGGAGAAGGGUGACACUGGACCACUUGGGCUCCCUGGGGCCCCUGGGUUGACUGGCUUGAGAGGGUUUACAGGAGAAAAAGGCAUCCAGGGACCUCGUGGUAUUAAAGGGUCAGUUGGGGUCGAAGGCAUUCAGGGAGAAAAAGGAGACGUUGGACCUGCCGGGCCUAAAGGUGACAGAGGAGAAAGGGGGUUGAAGGGGGAGAAGGGGGAUCGAGGAGACCGAGGAGACAAAACAGUGGAGGAGACCCUGGUGCGGUUGGUGAACGGGUCGGGUCCUCACGAAGGUCGCGUUGAGGUUUUCCACGAACGUCGCUGGGGGACGGUGUGCGACGACGUUUGGGAUAAAAAGGAUGGAGACGUGGUGUGUAGGAUGCUGGGAUUCCGAGGAGCCUCAGAGGUCCAUAAGACUGGACGCUUCGGACAAGGUACUGGUCUGAUCUGGAUGGAUGACGUCGCAUGUACAGGGACUGAGGACAGCAUCCACCAGUGUAACUUUUCUGGCUGGGGCAAAACCAACUGCGGCCACGUCGAGGACGCCGGUGUGACCUGCCUUAUCUAAACCCCCACAAUCCUGAUCCUGCCGUGGCCGAAUAUCGCCUUAAACUUUUAAGACAGCUACAAGGUGCACAACGGCCUACCAGCUUUUUUAGAAGUUCAGAACCAAACGUGUGACUAUUUUAGCCACAAGACUGAACUAUGGCACUAAUGAAAAUGCACACAUUUUCAGACUUUGAGCAACAAACUUAUGUCUUUAUUAACUGCAUAGCAUGAGUUGCUACACAGAGGGAUGAUCGCACAACGGGACUCUUCGUCAGGACUACGUCAUCGGACUGAAUUACAGAGCUCACCCGUCUUCAACGAAGGGUCGAGGGUCAGCAUUUAUAGGAGUAGGGUGAAGUUGACCUCGGAGGCUUGUCUGGGGUCAGUUUGCUGUUUUGUCGUCCAGCGUGCGGUCGAACUGAUCCAACAACUUCAUCAUCCAAGAGCCUUCAUUUUUCAGCGGUUGCCUCCAGGAUGCUGAGGAGCUUAAACGGCACAUAACGAAACUGACAGGACUGGAUGAAUGGAUGAACUGAUUUGUCAUUUACAGGCAACCGCUCUUCUCUGUAUUAUGUAGGAAUGGCUUUUGCUUAGCAUACCACAGUGUUGCCUUAUCAUAUAUCAUCAUAUAACUUGCUUAUAAGUAAGCAGUCUUUUGGUGAUUUGCGGCCUUGACAUCUGAGGCUGGGGCUAAAAUGUCACCUUUUCUAAACUUAAACCGUUUUUCACUUAUAACCGGCUCAGUAUUUUAAUAAUAAUGUGUCAAAUGAGAAUGUGAAAGGUUUCACUUGUAGUGAUGAACCUACAGAGAAUUCCAAAUCUAGCUGCCCGUAGCUUUACAUAGAUCUAAAGUGAGUUUCAGCUGUUCGGCCCACAACUGAACUGUUUUGGUUCACUCUCGGCGCUAUCAUAGCGUCAUAUUUGGCAACUGCUGGCAGCUGUUUUCCCUGAAAAAGCUCUAAAAAUCCACUGUACACGACCUGCUCAGCACCAAACAGCAGAAAAAGUUAGCAACUAGCUUGGGAAUUAAGUUUAACAUCUAGCAGCUAAAGAGCCAAAUAUUUUUGUAAGAGUUGGUCGAGAGCAAACGGCUAAAAGGAGACUGAAUUUUUGGACCCAUAUUCAUCAGGUGGACAAAAACAUGACUUUAAAUGAAUGCUAAUGUUAAUCUGAUAUGUAAACAACUUUAAACUUUAAAAACUUUGUACGGCAAUACUACAGUAUAUGUUAGGGAUGUGUGUUUCAGCUUGUUGCUUUGUCAGCUCUGUUCCCACAUGGGCGCAAAAUCUAUUAUUGCAGCGUUUUAGCACAGUUUUAACCUUGACAUCUCUGCAUCUUUUAACUUGCAGAUCAUCAGAUCAGUGCUUACUCUCUGCUUUAUAUUUAUAAAAAAAAAUUUAAAUUAAAAAAAAGAAAUCUGUAACUAACAGAUUUUGGAAAUGGUUAACAGGCACUAAAGUCGACUGAUGAAGUGAGUAUUGAGAAGAGAGAACGGAUGAGUAUAAACAGAUGGAUGCAUGGACGCCUGCCCUGUACAGUUUAUAACCGUGGGUCUGUCGGUGUGUACUGCCAAAAGUUGGGUUGUUUCAGCAUUAGGGCAGAUACGUACACAGACACACACACACCCCAAACCAACCAUAACAUACAAGCUUUUUCCUCUGAGUUUUAUGCCUCUCUCAGUGGGGUUUAAUCUUUAUAGCUGCUCUCUAAUACAAAAAAAACUGGUAGCUCCCAAGUGUCCUGGCUCACUUCUCUCUCUGGGCUUAGAGACUACACCAAGCUGCAGGUUGGAAUCAAAUAUAUGCAGAAACCCGUCUCUUUACCCAGUAAUACUCUAUAUUUGAAGAGGGAAAACAACUUUUGGCGCACCCUUAAAAUCUGGCAAACUCACAAUUUCUCCCAUGGGCUGUAGUUGAAUUCCCUUUGCUCCUGUAAUCUUUAGUGAAAUCUCUCUUUGUAAACUGUCCUAGUUUAAACAAAUCAAAAAGUGCCUGGGCCAUUAACUUUUUAUGACAAUGAAUGUGCACAGAUGAUGUUCAUUUGAAAGUUUGAAUCCAAGUGAGAGGAGAAAAAUAAUGUUUUGGGUAUAAAUUUGACUUUUUCUACCUCAUGUUAAAGUGCUGUGGUCUGUCGAGGUUUCUGUUUUAAACCACGACUGCGCCAAAGAAGAAAGACAAGUUACAAAAAGGAAAGGGGAAUCUGGGGAAUGGGAAAAUGAGGUGAGAAUCGAGACUCAAUAGUCUGAUGUGUCUCAAAGGGAACUAUAGCAACACGAAAUGGAAUUGCGGGUGGGUAACAUGUUUCCCUUGUGUGUUUUUCUACACAAUUUGAUUGGUGGGUAACAUGUUUCCCUUGUGUGUUUUUCUACACAAUUUGAUUGGAUAACUCACUAAACAGCUUGUGCUAAACAAAAAAACAGGUACAAAGUCUUGUACCUGCACAAAGUCUUGUGCAAAUUAUACCUGUGUAAUCACACCUUGUGUAAUCACUUCCGGUACAGAAAACUGUGAUUAUUUUUUCACUGACUGCAUUAACACGUACCUUACCUUACCUUUUCCGUAUCGCACUCAGCGAGCGUAGUUGAAAACAUCACCAUUAUCAGACCCCAUAAUGAACAGCACUGACAACUCUUUAGGCUACCAGGAAGCUAGUUAGUUAUCCUUUUACGUUUUCCACUUGCUUAUCGUUAAUGGUGAAGAUUUUUUUUACUUUGUUCACAAUGUUUGGAAACUGUUUCAUAAAAGCAACAACACUUCUAACUGUUUCCCACUGCGACUACUGGGAUUUAGUGCCACCAACACUGCUGUAUGUGGCUGCUGGAUACACCCCAGUUGAAUGUUGCAUAUUGUUAUUAUAGCACUCAUUAGAGCUGAAAGUAUUAGUCAGUCACUCAAUAAGUCUAUAAGCAGAAAACUAAUUGCCAGGAAUUUGGAUAAUGGACUAAUCAUUUAAGUCAUUUUCAAGCAAAAACACAUUCUCUGGCUUCAGCUUCUCAAAUGAGAAGAUUUGCUGCUUUUGUCUUAUAUCAUUGUAACCUGAAUAUAUCUGGCCAGACUUGUGCUUGUGCUCUGGAAAAUUAUGCCGGACAUUUUUCACUGUCUUUGCAUAUUUUAACUAACUAAACGAUUAAUCUAUUAAAUGAAAAAAAUAACUGGAAGAUAAAUUGGUUAUGAAAACAAUCAUUAGUUGCAGCCCUAAAACACCUGCAUAUACUCAGUGCAUGUUUUAAUAUCUUUAAGUGGAGACUAGGUCGGAUUAACAGACUAAUUCAUUUAUAUUUUAGACUUUAAUCCCACCACGCGAUUGCCAGCGGGCAGAACGGCUGCCAGCUAUCUGCCAAUCUGUCAGCAGAGGGCAAUGCUCUGGGGGAGUCAUCGUACGAUAAUGUCCACUAGUGUGUUGAGCCCGCUUUAAAAGUCCAUGGACAAUCUGUAGCUCCUGACUAACGGUACAAAAGGGGGAGUUCCUCCGGCUCACCCCUUCAAGCACAAAUUUUGAGCAGCGUGGUGUAGCAAAAUGGUCCGUUUUGACCCGUCCUCAAGGACAGCAUGGGCCUCCGUGCCAUGCUGUCCAUUCCCAAGAUGCACCCUAACGACCUUCAAUAAGACAUUCUCGGCUUCCGGGGGCUUGUCGAGGACAGUCGAGUUGUUGGAGGUGUCUCUGUUUGCAGCCCGAUCUGCCUUUUCCGAAGGUCGUUCGUUGACAUCGUGCAGGUCUAACGGGUGACCACUCUGACGGGUCUUGCGUCACAUUUUCAAGUUGCGGUUGCCGCCGCACCGCCAGCACCUGCCGGAGUCCCUAAUCCAAUGGCGUUACUGCUGUUUAGUGAGCUGCCUGAAGUUACUGCAGUUGCUUAAAAGUAUGCGUGUUGUGUUCAAAAGUAUGGGCAGCCCUGGUUUGCAGGGCGCUUCAAAGCGGCUUCUGCUGGCUUGGACUCGGGCUCUCGGUAAAGCCCUCCGCCCCUCUUCUCACAGCUAAAUGUACUUCGACCGAUGUUGCUUCCGGGCUGAGUAGUGGCCUCCCAGACAUCGGCAGGAUAAAGCAGUUGUGAUGAGAUUUCCUGAUUGGUUAGAGGCUCCCCUGACCUCACAUCAGUGCCUCGGCCUCACGAGGUCAAAUAACUCGAAUGCUUUGACUUUGAAAAGGUAAAGCACCCGAUGCCAUACCUUUUUGAAAGUGAGAACACAUUGCCAAACCAAGUGCCCUUAACCACUUAACUUUGUCAUUUUUUUCUAGGAAAGAUUGUGGUUUUUAAUGUAUGCUUGGUUGUACUAAGACCUUUGUAUAUGCUACUUUGGCAUAAUGGCUCUAAGCACCUCUGCAUAUUCAUGUGUCUGUUUUUUAUUACAAUGUGCUGGUCAUAACACAUAUAAGGGCUACGGAGCUAGCGAUAUACAUACAAAAGUAAAUGCCUAAAUCAAACAUGAUUAUGUCAAGAAAAAACAUUUGCUUCAAAAAAUACCCAACUUUUUACUUUAUGUUCUGUUGAUUUUUGUACCACUAAAAUGCUGUAUACGCACUGCUGAAAUAAUAAAAAUGUAGAUUUGUUUAAA